AUGACGACCCGAGGAGACUCUCGCAGAGAUCCGGUUAACAACAAGGCCCAUCUACGACUGAGAUUCAUGACGACCAGAAGGCUCUACGGAUAUCAAUCCGCUCUGAGCGCUUUAACGGAGAAGCAGGAACCGGAAGCUGAAGCAUACGACGGCCUUCGUAAUUCCGGUGGUCUUUCCGAUGUGCCACACGGAGUCCGUUGCUUCUCCCUGCUCGUCCCGUUCAUUAUAUCCAUUUUCGCUUGCUUGUUCACUGCGACGCGGAAAUUGAAGCCUCAUAAGGAGGAGUCAGGUAGCAAUGGCGGUGAAUUACGGGGUCCUAAAUUCGAUCCGGAGAUUAAGGUUUUGAAACUUCGGAUUCUUACAAAUCAAAGCAAGGCUGCUCAUGCUUACGCGAAGACUCUGACAUCUGAACUGCUCUCUCACAACACAAACGCGUUUGCUGAAGUGCACUACUCGUUGAACAUCAAUAAUCGAACAUCGUUUCCGAUACGGAAACUACCUAACACUGAUGACUCGAUAACCUUAACUGGUACUGAUGUAUUAGAAAGCAAAGCUUGA